CUUAUAUAUUCUGUCCGUUUGUUACAAUGCAGGCCGAAUCUUCAACGUCUUCUAGAAACAAACCCAGGCAUAUGUUUACACCGCCCGCCCUCGUGUUCUUGAGAGAUUGCUUCAAUCAGAAGCAAUAUCCGACCAGGAGCCAAAAGAUUGAGAUAGCAGAGCAUGUCAGACAGAUACCUGGCAACGAGCAUGCCAAUUUCGAGAGAGUCUCGGCAUAUUUCAAUAACAAGCGAUCUCAAUCUCGUAAGAGUUCCGGUCAAGAGCACCCCACUGAGGUGGAUGACACAGAAGCUAUGUUGUUCCCGAGCCUUCCACUCGAGGUUCGGCUCAAGCUGCAUCAAUUGUACCGACUUAAACCGGAUCCGAACGAUGACCUGGUAGCUUUCUGGGCCGAGCGUCUCGACAGCGACCUCAAAGAGGUUGCCGACUGGGUGAGGUGGAAAGGCAUGCAAGAGCGCGCCUCUCCCGCAGCACACCUCCCCACCCCGGCUACAUCUACUUCUCCACCAACCCGCUAUGCAUCUUUGCCGCCCAUUGAGGUCAAGCAGGAAGUUUCGAUGGACUCGCCGGUCUAUCCCCUUUCUCCCGCGCAUACGCCCAUCGCGCCGAGACCGGCGUCUCGGCGGGGUCCUCCAGCUGUGCAUACAUCCAGCAGUGUAGACAGACUGGGUGCUGCUCAGCCCAUGUCGCGAAAACCGGCAGUGUUGCCGCCAAAAGCCGAACAGUCACCGAUGCCCCAGGUGGCGGCUGUACCGGUACCUCCCCGGCCGCGAGGUACUGAUCCUGUGCACCGGCCCGCUGUUCCCCUCACCCAAAGUGUGGAAUGCAGGAUUCCAAGAACUAUUGAAGAGUUCAACUCCAUGUCUGAACCCGUCAUGGCAACCCUCCAGCGCUUCAUUGACUCGGCCCGUUCUCAGACAUUCUCACAAAAUUAACUCGCACAAUUUUUGCUUGCAUCUUGAUUUGUACCCACGUCCAAACGCACCUUUUGGGACACUCUCUUCAUUCAUUUUGCCACAUACCCAUUGCUUCGACUUCCGCUUGCACCCAUUUGGUAUAUUGUUCAUCAUGCACAUGUUUAUAUCGUACAGUCUGUUAAUUAUGGUAUAUUAUGAGCAUACACAACUAUAUACGACAUCAUGAGUAUGUAAAGUAUCAAUUAAUGUGCUAUUCUUGCUUCAGGUUGUUGCCCUGGAGCACGAGAUCCGAG